AUGCACAGGUGGUUAGUCCACCUCCCAAACCAGAGCCAACUUUCAUCAGCCAAUGCCAACCCGGAAUGGGUUACUAUGGGUCAGCCAGGUCCUGGACAACCGCAGCAACCUCCAAUGGCCAUGCAAGGGCAGCAGAUGAUGAUGGGCGGAGGCUCGUCUGGAAUGCCUAUGGGAUAUCAAGGUGGUGUCCCGCAAAUGAUGCAGCAACAACCUGUUCAACCAAAUCCUCCUGCCUCCAUGAUGCAACAGGCAAUAUUCGGAGCGCAAGGUGCACUCUGUAGCGCUUGCACUGCCCCUGGAUUCCCGCCGACUUCCAGCACUGCGGCACCUGGUCACACCGGGAAUGUCACUGUUCAUCCAGCAGGCACUCAUCCCACUGCUCCAAAAGCGGAAGCAAAGAGACCACUGAACCCUCCACCAUACUCCCCUCAAAUACUGGAACAUUUGGACAGAUUUUCGGUUGGAACUCUUACAGUUAUCGGUCGCGAGCUAGUUAGCGAACUCACUACGAGAACACAUAGCCUAUGCGUUUCAUUGAAAGCUGUAUCCGAACGAAAGCCGCCGACUGCAGGAGAUCCAGAGCAGCUGCUGGAAUACUGCCAGAUGCUUAUGGAUAAACUUGUUGAAAUACGAUUGCGUAUAGAGAAGAAAGUGGGACGAAAACGUCUCAACACGACCGACUACAUCAGAAGAAUGAGUGACAUGACUCCUCCUGUUGACGAUGCACCGCCAGAGUUGAAAGAGAAGAGGCAGCAGUUUGAGGAGAAUAGAACGAAACUCUGCACUCUCAACAACGACUUGAAAAUGCUCGACUGGAUGGCGAGUGUGACGGAUCCGUCUCUUCUGAAGAAAGUGGAUAAAAUGGCAACGUCUGUUCGAGAACGGGAAUAG